CCAUGCCUGUCCCUAUGGUUUAAAGGGUCAUAAAUAUCUACCUUUUGGGACAGAUUGAAACAGAGCACCUGAGAACAGUGCGGGGGAAGAGAUUAUAGCCAGUACUAAUAAACGUGGAUGUCAUUCACAAAAAGGCACCAGCUGAUCAUGUGUGUCUAUCCACAGCGACGGCUCCUUCCCGUAUGACCCUGUCUCCUGGCAGCAAGGCACCAAUCAACCGGCAGGUUCCCUCUCCGUGGUAACAACUGUGUGGGGGGUGACCAAUCCUUCGCCCAGCCAGGUCUUGGGUGCUCCCAUGGGCCCCGGCGGAAACUCAGCAGGUGGCCACAUGAUGUCCGGAGGCGGGGCUGGCAUGAGCUCGCCGCAGUUCAUGGCUCAGCAGGGCUACCCCGAGGCCAGCAAGGGCUACAUGCAGCAGGCGCUGUACGGCCGCUCCGGGGGGGGCUAUCCGGCGGGGCCUGGGCCCGGAUACGGCGGCAGCUACCCUAACAGCGGUGGGGGCUCCAUGGGGAUGCCUCCCCACGGUGUGCGCCCGCCAACCGACUUCACGCAGGCCGCAGCCGCCGCUGCAGUGGCAGCCGCUGCAGCCACAGCAACAGCAACAGCGACGGCCACAGUAGCGGCCAUACAGGAGAAGCAGAACCACGAGCUGAAUUACGGGCCGAUGGGUGGUGGCCCCUCCUACAACAGCCAGUUCCUGCCUCACACGGGGCCCCGGGGCCCCCCUGCUAUGGCCCCCGGCGGCAUGGUCCCCUCCCGAGCACCGUCCAUGGGGCCUAUGUACAGUGGGCAGGGCCAGAGGAUGCAGCAGCACCCAGGCUACCCCGGCGCUCAGCCUGGCCCCCCCCGGCCACAGCACGGCAUGAAGCGUCCCUAUACCUCCGAGGCGCAGGGUUUCCCUGGGCAACAGUACGGCCCUGGCGUGGGUGCUGGGGGUCCGUACCCCAACCAGGCCAUGCAGUACCAUGGCCCCGGGUCGCAGCGCCCUGCCCCGUCACCUUCCUAUGCCGGCCACAGGAUGCCCCUGCAGCCGGGCAACAUGGGCCAGUACCCCCCAGGACCAGGAAACCCGGGACAGUACUACAAGACGGAGUUCAACGGGCAGGGAAACUCCCUGUCAGCCCUGACGGCGGGUGGUGCGGGGGGUGGGGGCUACAAUACUUUCAAUCAGCCUGCCGUCAAUGGACCGGGCCGAGGGAUGGCAGGCUAUCCCAGUUCGCCGCUCCCCGGGAACCCCACCCCACCUAUGACGCCAGGCAGCUCCAUGCCCCCCUACAUGUCUCCCGGCCAAGACGUCAAAUCUCCAUUCCUGCCUGACGUCAAGCCCAACAUGAACGCUCUGCCGCCCCCUACAGGGAACCCCAGUGACGACCUACGGCUGACUUUCCCCGUGCGGGACGGUGUGGUUCUGGAACCAUUCCGCCUGGAGCACAACCUGGCCGUCAGCAACCACGUCUUCCAGCUGCGCGACUCUGUCUACAAGACACUCAUGUUGAGGCCAGACCUGGAACUGCAGUUCAAGUGCUACCAUCACGAGGACCGGCAGAUGAACACCAACUGGCCGGCCUCAGUGCAGGUCAGCGUCAACGCGACGCCCCUCACCAUCGAGCGCGGCGACAACAAGACGUCCCACAAGCCCCUGUACCUGAAGCACGUUUGCCAGCCAGGCCGGAACACCAUCCAGAUCACCGUCACUGCCUGCUGCUGCUCGCACCUCUUCGUGCUGCAGCUGGUGCACAGGCCGUCCGUUCGCUCUGUCCUGCAGGGCCUCAUGAAGAAACGCUUGCUACCGGCCGAGCACUGCGUCACCAAGAUAAAGAGGAACUUCAGCAGCGGCACCAUCCCCGGCACCCCCGGCCUCAAUGGGGAGGAUGGCGUGGAGCAGACAGCCAUUAAGGUGUCCCUCAAGUGUCCCAUCACCUUCCGGCGCAUUCAGCUGCCAGCUCGUGGUCACGACUGCAGACACAUACAGUGCUUCGACCUGGAAUCUUAUCUGCAGCUGAACUGUGAGAGAGGAACCUGGCGCUGCCCUGUGUGCAAUAAGACUGCUCUUCUUGAGGGCCUGGAAGUGGACCAGUACAUGCUAGGGAUUCUCAUCUACAUCCAAAACUCGGAUUAUGAAGAGAUCACGAUUGACCCAGUGUGCAGCUGGAAGCCUGUUCCAGUGAAACCCGACCUACACAUCAAGGAGGACCCGGAUGGGCCGGCCCUGAAGCGCUGUCGAACCUUGAGCCCCAGUCACAUGAUCCUGCCCAGCGUCAUGGAGAUGAUUGCUGCCUUAGGUCCAGCCUCCUCACCAUACCUCUCUUUACCACAAGGUGGCAGCAGUAACACACCGGACUACCCAACCCAGACCGGAUCGGCAUACCCCAACCAGCAGGGGUUUUCUGACUUCCCCAAUGCCCCCGGAACCCCGACCCUUGCGGAGUUCUCCACAGGGCCACCUCCACUGUCCUACCAGUCAGACUUGCCCAGUGGUCUUCUCACCCCUGAGAAGCCAGCGGGGCACCCCAUGCCUGCCCAGAUGGCCCACCCUGGUCGCAUGGACCCAUCCCAUAAUCCUCUUCAGCAGCAGCAGCAGCCGCCGCCGCAGCAACAACAGCAGCCUCAGCAGGGCCUGCAUGGCGCCCCACACCUGGGGGGACCGGGAGGGCCCACGCACUCCCGCAACCCCUCACAGAACCCUCGCGUCCAUGCGGACAGCUCCUUUGGGCUCGGUACACCAGGGGCCCCCGGAGAGGUUCCAGAACCUUCCCUGGAUCUUCUCCCUGAACUGACGAAUCCGGACGAGCUGCUGUCGUACCUUGGGCCGCCCGACCUCCCCAACAACAGCAACGACGACCUGCUGUCCCUCUUUGAGAACAACUGAGUCCUUGCAACUCUGUCUCCCAUGAUCCUCUGCAACACUCCAAAAAAGAAAGGGGGGGGGGGACAAAACGCCCAGCAUCUUUGGAGAAUUUUGCGGCUGGGUU